CAUUAUAUUUUUAGCCCUCUUUUCACACACACAUCUCUUUCUCCAAAAGAAAAAAAAAAAUGAUAUCACACACACUGAAUGUGCUGCUGCAACAGUAGUAUUAUAGUUUUCUGAUGACUUGCAGUACUGAAAUGGCCUUCUUCCACCCCAAUUUCAUGCUGCAAACUCCCCAUCAAGAUCAUGAUCACACACAUCCCUCUACAUCUCUACCUCCCUUGAUCCCUUCCUCCACCCCCCAAGAUCAAUAUCAUGUUUGGGAAGGUGCAGGUGUGGCUUCAUUGCUCGGGAAGAGAUCAAACGGGCCUUUCUCGGGCCUCGACGCGUGCGAAGAGAUGAACCAUCACGGCGAGGAUGAAUUAUCCGACGACGGAUCGCAGGUUGGGGAGAAGAAGAGGAGACUCAAUUUGGAGCAAGUGAAAACUCUUGAGAAGAAUUUCGAGCUGGGGAACAAGCUUGAGCCCGAGAGGAAAAUGCAGCUGGCCCGGGCCCUCGGGCUUCAGCCCAGACAGAUUGCCAUAUGGUUUCAGAAUAGAAGGGCCCGUUGGAAAACAAAGCAAUUGGAGAAAGAUUAUGAUCUUCUCAAGAGACAGUUUGAUGCUGUCAAGGCAGAAAAUGAUGCCCUUCAAGCCCACAACCAUAAACUUCUUGCUGAGAUAAUGGCGCUGAAAACAAGGGAGACAACUGAUUUAUCCAUAAAUCUGAACAAAGAAACAGAAGGGUCGUGCAGUAAUAGAAGCGAAAACAGCUCGGAAAUAAAGCUCGACAUCUCUAGAGCUCCGGCCAUCGACAGCCCCAUGGCGACGAGGCCCGUGGCGUUGCCAAUGGGCAGGCCCAAUGGCGUGGCGCAGCUCUUCCACAAGCCCGAAAUUCAGGGCCCGAAAUUGGACCAACAAAGUGUCAAGGAAGAGAGCCUUUGCAACAUGUUUUGUGGGAUGGAUGAUCAAGCAGGGUUUUGGCCUUGGCUAGACCAACAAAAUUUCAAUUAAAAUUUCGAAUUUGAAUUUAAUAUUUUCAUCAAGUAUGAUGAACUAUAUUAAAAUUUCUUGUUUUGAUACGUUUAGGUUAAUUUGGUGUACAAAGUAGUAGUGAUGUGUUUUCGAUGAGGCCAAAAUGUUGAUGGAGGUAAUUUUAAUGAAGGAAUGUGGUUUUUUUCUCUUUGUAAAA